AAGAUUGCAAUAUACAAUUUUGAUGGAUUUACUCAUUAUAGUGUUAAUUCUUGACUCUUAUAUGAUCCUGGAAAUAUAAUAGUCGGAGUGAUAUAAUAUCGUGACAUUAGCAUUUUCACACCUACAGAAAAUAAUAGUGUAGCCAUUGUAUAUAAACACGGUAAACAGGAUGUUGUCACGCUGUCUCCAUGAUACAGCUGUCAAUGGGCAUGCAACUGGUCGGCAGAAUAAAUCUUCACCAAGGCUGGCCUGAUAUUGAUUUGCGUUGAGGAACUAGCGGAGUCUGUGGAAGGUUGCGUCGUCUGCUGCUGCUGCUGCUGCCACCAGUGUGAUUAGUUGAGGCAGGGGGAUGAGUAGGAGCUGGCUCGCAGGCACAUGGACCUAAAUUCAUGAAAUUGACAGCCUUGGUACCGGUGUUGGUGAAUCGGCACGAAUUCUUGCCUCCGUACCAAACUUUGCCAUCUUGGUUUCACUGUCUCCUUCAAUCUUGCUAAUUUCCUUCACGGGCUCACCCUAGUCUUAAAUUCUUGCAUGAGUGGCUGAAAGAGGCGUACGUUUUCAAUCAAGGAAAUCAAAAUGGAUAUUGGUUCAAGUGGUCGGCGGACGAGUGAAGACGAUAAGAAAUCCCUCUCGUCAAGUUUUAGUGAUGGAACCUCCAAAUUCUUCACAUCAAUGAUUGCCAAGAAGAAUGGACUUUUCAGUGAUAUGUCGUCCAAAUUUGACUCCCUGAUGAAGAGUGGGGCAAGCAGUAGUGCGAGUAGCGAGAACUCCAGUCCCACCUCUAGCCCACCCCCUCGCACCCCACCCCCACGACCACCACCGAUCACCAACACACACCGGUCACUCAGUUUUGGCAAAGGGAUGAAGGAGCGUGAGAAUGUGGCUACCAAAAUGUCUUUUAGGGAUUCAAGACACCCGCAAAGGGCAGGAAGUUUGUCUGGUUUCUCCGACACAAGUUCAGUUGAUGAUCAGUUUACAAUGGAUGGGAUGAACGUAAGUUUUGAUGAACCUUUAUAUAAUCAACGUGAGGUACCAGUGGGUCAGAGUUCAGAUAAUGUCGCCAGGUCCGAUAAUGGGAGGCCGGAAAGGAGAGUGAUACCCGUUGCUGCAUCCGACUCAAGAGACGAAACAGGAUAUGGGGACUCGGAGGGACCCUCAGCCUCUGUCUCUCCUCCUAACAGUCAAAACUCAGAAAUCAGAAGUGAACACCGCAAAGCUCCAAAACUUACAACUAAACGUAGAUCUAGCACGGUUGAUGAGAUGCUGUUUGAUGAUUAUGUCGAACUGGAAACUAAUGGGGACUCGGUAUUUUCUGAUCAAGUGACUGCACCUGCAGGCGAUCUAAUGUCAUUUGACCAUGAAGAUACUGAGCGUAGAGGUAAACAUCCAAGUCAAAGUAGUGUUGAGUCAUCAGAGCCGGAAUAUGAUACUCACAAUUAUGCUAUGACAAGCGUGGACUCUUCAGAUGCAGAGUUCGGAGGUGUGCAACUUCAUCGCUCUCAAUCCAUGGGGUCGGAAAAGUCGUGGAGCUCAAACUAUAGUGUUGACAGCCAACCGGAUGAGAUUACUUUGGAGUGUAUGGAGUUUAUGAAAAGCUUCGUGGAUAAAAUGUUUAAUAUCAACUUGGAUAUAUCACAAACAGAAAAAGCCAAAUUCGGAGAACUUUGUCAGCAUGCACCCGGGAGACUGUGGUUUGCAAGAUAUGUCAAUUCACAGAGAGUCCACAACAAGAAGGUUGAUGAGCAGAUAUUCUUCCGGAUGGUUCAGUUCUUUGCGGUGUGCCUGUUUGAGUGCAACGAAGCGGAAGACUUUUCACCAGCAAAAACACUGAUGAACAUGUGCUUCACAUUCUUUCAUGAGACUGGACAGCAACUGAACAAAUCGUUCCUGUACAGCUACCUGCGUGACCAGCCAAUAUGGCAGUCUUUGCGCUUCUGGAAUGCUGCAUUCUUUGAUGCUGUUCAGUGUGAGAGAUCCCGGAGACCCAUGCCGACAAUAGAGGCUCCAAAAGAUGCCAGAACUGAUGACCGACAUUUUCAAGAAAAUAUCACAUUUGGUCAACUUGGAACAUUCACCUGCAACAUGAGAGCGUUUGGCCUCGGCAAAGAUUUAUGUCUGGAGUUUGUUCGGAAACAGUCUAUAAUAGCCAAUCUGCGGGAAGAACAAGUGCAGAUGCUGCGGGAUAAUGUGGAAAAAUCUAAAGAACAUUGACAUUUGUGUAAUGCGGCCUGUGUAGGAAUGGAUACCUUAGAAACUAGUGCAUAGAUUAGCAGCAGGCUGAAAUCAGGUUGUACAAGGAUGACCAUGAAAGGGCGCCACACCGCCUGCAUGUGUGACCACCCCUGCAGGACGCCGGCAGGAACAUGAGCAUAUGGUGCACAGGGAACACUUCAAUGUUAUUUUGUCACUUAAGUGGCUUCUGUUCAAAAGUUUGUUUUUCUGAAAUUGCCAAAAUUUCAAAUUUGAUUCAGGUAGUUUCAUUCUGGCUGAUACUGCAGGUGUCUGUCUGUAAAAGUCAUUGAGUGUUGGAUCAUGGUUAUUGAACAAACAUUGAUUGUGAGAAGUUUGGGUAUUAUCAUGAUUAUUUGAAUGAGGGAAGAAACUGGUUAUGGCUUUGGUUUGUUUAUUUGUCAAUUUCAAGGAAUUGAUGGUAGGGUACUAUCCUUUCGAUUCAUGAAGAUGACUAAAAUGAUGAUGAUGAUGAUGAUGAUGAUGAUGAUGAAUUUUCUCUCCAUAUCCAUCUUAUGUUGACAUGGCUCAGUCUAUGAUUGACGAAUAUUUAUGUGAUCUCAGUGAUUGAAACAAUUCAACUUUCUCCUAUUCCCAGUGUGAGUUAUAGCCCAGUCCCUCAGUCACACAAGCCAUCCAUGUCCCAUCUGUAUCUUCCAACCUCAUCAAUCCAUGUAGGUUUGUUCCAAUGUACAAUGUGGACAGUAUGAGGGAGGAAGCACAGGAAGAUGGUGGCCACAUAUAUGGAUUGCCCUCAUGCUUCAUCAUGUUGUAGGAAAUGGUUUAUGGUGUUUGUACUUUAAGAGAUGUCAGGUGUCAAAGUUUAUUUUGAUUGACACAUUAGCUGACGGAAUGAGUCUUUGGCAUGGUUGCAUCAUAUAUGUUUUGGAACAUAUUUAACAAUCAUUGUCUUUUACAGUUCAUGUGGGUAGGGUGCAAUGCUGAACAAAUUGUAUGCCUUUAGAAAUUGCAAUUUCAUAUUUCACAUAUUUGUACAAUAUGAAUAUUUGUAGAUUAACAUCAUUAUGACAUACUUGUAGCUUUGUAUAAUAAGAGUGUCUGGUUAUAGUUACUUAUGUUUCAGGUUUAGCAAAAGAAUAUUUUGUCUGAAAAUUACAGUGUGGAUCUAACAUUCAAUCACACAUCUGCUGAAAUAGAGAGAAAUAUAGAAUUGGGAGCAAAUCCCACUUGAUAACUACACCAGCUGAUGUUACACUGAGCUAGGUAUAGGAGGGGUGCAAUCCAUCAAGGAAAGUAUUUCUGGGGUGAUGUGAAACAAAAUCAGAUGUUAGUGCUCGCUACCGCUAAACAAAGAUCUGAGGACAUUCCAUAAAGGGUCACACCAACCUUUCACCAAUUUUAACUGACCAAUGGAAUGACUAUAAGUCGACAUUAGCCAAUCAGAAGGCAGCCUUCUCAUGCUUUACGGCACUAGUUUCAAACGGGCGACUACGCUUUGAAACAUACUUUGACAAAUUCUUGACUAAAAAUUUUAAAACAGAACAAACGAACAUUGUGGAAUGGCUAAUAGAUGGCCUAUAGAUUGUAUGGAUUCAGUCCUAGAGCCCGUAAUUGUCCUUCAGAAUACCCAGUGUUCAAUCUUUUGAGGAUCAGAAAUCAUUUUCUGACUGUUACUUUCAUGAUCUGGUAAGCGACACUCUGAUUGGUCAGAUGAAAUGUCGUUCUGACUUGUCCUCAGAUCUUAAUUAAGCGGCAGC